GAAGAAGAACGCCCGGGGCCUGGCUUGGCCAGAAGGAUGGUGGCCAUGCUGUUGUGGGUGGCCCUCAGCCUGUGUGGCUGGCUCUCCCUCUACGCCUGGUCCUGCCACCACUACCGAGAACGCGCCUGCGAAUGGAGCUGCCGGCUGGUCACGUUGACUCACGGCGUCUUUGCCACCUGCCUCUCUGGCUACAUUGGGUUUAUCGAUGGUCCCUGGCCAAUGACUUACCCAGGCUUCCCAAACACGGUGCUCCAGGUCCACGUCUUGUGCAUCAGUUUGGGCUACUUCCUGUUUGACUUGGGCUGGUGCGUCUACUUCAAGGCUGAAGGGCCUUUGAUGCUAGUCCACCAUUCUGUCAGCAUCCUGGGCAUCAGCGCCUCCCUGGCCUUGGGCGAGUCGGCCGCCGAGGUCAACGCCGUCAUCUUUGGCAGCGAACUGACCAACCCCUUCCUGCAGGCCCGCUGGUUUCUGCGGGAGAAGGGGCUGUACCCCAGCUUGGUAGGGGACGUGGUGGACUUCCUCUUCGUGGUACUUUUCACGGGCGUGAGGAUCGGGGUCGGCGCUUGGCUGAUGUACUGCGUGUUGUUGUCCCCCAGGCCCCGGGUCUUCAUCAAGGUUGGAGGCUUGAUCAUGUACGCCGUGUCUUGUGUUUUCAUGGUCAGUAUCUUUAGGUUUGCCCGGCGCAAAACCAUGAAGAAAUAUCAAGCCUGGAGGGCUUGGUGGAACAAAGAGGUAGACUUGAACUCCAACGGAUAUCUCAAGAGUCACUGACUUGAGCGCGGGUUGUUCUCUCUCAAGAUUUAGUGUCGAUAAUUAGUCUGGGCUGCAACUCCAAGGUCUUGUUUGAAUCACCAACAGAGUGAAGGGGCCAAGGCCCUUCAUUGUAGGUAGAUCACAGGACUAGGUCCGGAGAAAUCCAGGCUCCAUCUCCCUAUUCAACCAUGAACUUUGGUUGGCUGUGGGUGGACUUACUGCUACUCCAAGUCAACCCUCCUUCACAGAACUGUUGGAGGACGAAAUGAGACAACGGCCACCGCUGAUGUCCUAAGCAAUGUGUGGAAAGGUGGAAGAUAAGUAUGGUCUGGAGAGAUGCGUCCAGAUGUCGCAAGCCAGAAUCGUCGACUCCUGUUUCAGCCCAGUGCAAAUGCUUGUGCCUAGUGGGAGUGCGUUGCACACCCUC